UCCGCCACCUCCCGGGCUGCCGCAGAUCGCGGGAGAGCGUCUGCGCGAAGCCCCAGCGCUGCACCGGCGGGACCGCCGCAGCCGCCAGAGCGCGAGCAACAGCUUCCCGGCUGGGCUGGAGGAACCACUGCCCCACGAUCCAGCGGCCCGCGCACCGAGGUAUGAAGUACUAUUUAAGCCCUGACAGCUACCCCGAAGAUGGAAUUAUAAAUAUGGCAACUUUUCUACGGAGCUUUGAAGAUAAGAGGUUAAAAAAUGACAGGCCUGAAGACCAGUUCAGUAAAGAAAAAAAGAAAAUUCUCUUCUCCUUCUGUGAGGUGUGCAACAUCCAGCUAAACUCUGCAGCCCAGGCCCAGGUCCAUUACAACGGCAAAUCCCACCGCAAACGUGUCAAACAGCUGAGUGAUGGGCAGCCUCAGCCCCCAGCUCAGGGCGGAGGGCCACUGCUGGCCAGCCCCAGCACCAACGUCAGCACAGGCAGCACAUGCCACACCACUGCCCUUCCUGCUCUUGUGCGCACACCUGCCCUGAUGAUGCAGCCUUCACUGGAUAUCAAACCAUUUAUGUCUUUUCCAGUGGACAGUAGUUCUGCUGUUGGACUCUUUCCAAAUUUUAACACAAAAAGAAGAGGCUUAUUUGGGACCAAUAAAUUCUGUCAGAUGGAUCCUGUGCAAAAAGCAGUCAUUAACCACACAUUUGGAGUGUCCAUUCCUCCAAAGAAGAAACAAGUUAUUUCUUGUAAUGUCUGUCAGCUUCGCUUUAACUCGGAUAGCCAGGCCGAGGCCCACUACAAAGGAAGUAAACAUGCCAAGAAGGUCAAAGCACUAGAGGCAACGAAAAACAAACCCAAAAUGGUUUCUUCCAAGGACAGCGCAAAGGCUAAUACCAGCUGCUCCAUCACUCCAAUCACAGGCAACAGCUCUGACAAAUCAGAAGACAAAGGGAAGCUAAAAGUCAACAGUUCCAGUCAGCCGUCAGGCUCUGAAGGUGGCUCAUUUCUCCUCAAAUCCGGCACAACGCCCCUGCCACCAGGAGCAGACACCUCUCCUUCCAAGAGCACAAAUGGAGCUCCUGGUUCUCUUUCCGAAUCAGAAGAUGAAAAAGCCAAAAAAUUGCUUUAUUGUUCUCUAUGCAAAGUGGCUGUGAACUCCCUGUCACAGCUAGAGGCACACAACACAGGAUCUAAACACAAGACCAUGGUUGAAGCUCGUAAUGGGGCUGGUCCAAUUAAGUCCUAUCCUAGACCUGGCUCAAGAUUAAAGAUGCAUAAUGGCAGUAAGGGGUCAGGACUACAGAACAAAACAUUUCAUUGUGAAAUCUGUGAUGUUCAUGUUAAUUCAGAAAUUCAACUCAAACAGCACAUUUCUAGCCGAAGGCAUAAGGAUCGGGUUGCAGGAAAACCACUGAAGCCGAAGUACAGCCCUUACAACAAACUCCAGCGGAGCCCAAGCAUUUUAGCAGCAAAACUUGCAUUCCAGAAAGAUAUGAUGAAGCCUCUGGCCCCGGCCUUUCUGUCCUCGCCCCUGGCGGCCGCCGCCGUGUCCUCGGCGCUGUCGCUGCCGCCGCGGCCGUCGGCCUCGCUCUUCCAGGCCCCAGCCCUACCGCCUGCGCUGCUGCGGCCGGGCCACGGGCCCAUCCGCGCGGCGCCCGCCUCCAUCCUCUUCGCUCCCUACUGAGUCUGCAAGCCCGAGUCGGCUGAGGCCAGUAAGUAGUAAAGCUGAGCAGGAAAGCCAAAAGGAUUCAGCCCUUCAAGCAUUUUGUGUUGCAGUGCCCCCACCCAGCCACAAACUGUGAGCCGGCUCCAAAGGAGAACACAUCAUCACUAGGUUCAAGAGUGCUUUCAGGAACCACCCCUGUCAUUUAGGAAUCCGGGCAGCACAGGCUUGACUUCCCUCUUCUCUUCCCUUCCCUGGCCUGCCCCAUUCAAUUUGUGUACCUGAGAUACUCGGUUUCUUGCAAAUGUAUUGGUCAGAAAAAAUAUAUAUACAUACACCAUUCUCUAUUUUUUCCAUGAGUGUGAUUUGGCUUAGAAAAAAUACGGAAUAUUUUCCUGACAGACUUGAAAUAUAGGGUCUUCCUCACAUGUCUGUAAAUAACUCUGGAUUCCAACUGGGCACAUUCUAGUGUGGAACAAAAAUAGAUGAACACAAGUGCUUGCUUGUGGAUACCAUCUUACCAAUGGAUCACAACAUUUUCUUUUUGGUGUACUAUUGUUGACAGGGAUUGUGUACUGUUUUAGACCCAAGUACUGUUGUAUCCUGUGUAGUACUAGAUCUGUAUCUCUCGUCUGAAUUAAACAUUUUUAGUUGCUGUGUAAAUGUUAGGAAGCAAAGUAGCUUUCAAUGUUCUCGUUAAGAGAACAAAAAUAAUGUAUUUUUCUUUAUAUUCUAUUUUAUUUGGUGAUAUUUAAAUGAAAUAGAAAGCCAUAUAACAUAGAUAUAAUUUCUACCUGUUUGCUAUUUUUGUUUAACUUAUUUUGUAGCUUCCUCACCAGUAUGAGUUGCUAAGCAAAUGUAUACAAACAGAACAGAGCUUCCUAAAUUGCACAUUUUUGCACCUCUCGUGCAUUCUGCAAGAAGACAAUGAAUCCAUGUAUUUCUAUGUAAUUAUCUUCUUCGUUUUUAACCUGUUUUCAUUUGUAAUGAUGCUACAUAAUCUUGUGGCUCCCUAAUGCAAUAAUGUACAGAAGAUAAAAAAUUUAUAACUGAAAAAUUUGUCUUUCUGUUCACUGAAUACGUUGCAGGUCGCGCUCCCAGGCCCCAUUUCUAAGCUGAUAUCACAAGACUGGAAUGUUUGUGAUCGGGGCAAGAGGUAUCAUAACACAGCAAAACAGAGUGAACUCUUUUUGAGUAUCUGUACCUGCAGUCCGUAAAUGGUAAAAUGUCUGUGUAUU